UGUCAAAUAGAAAAUAGACAAUAUGGCGGCUUCAGUGAGUGAAUUUGAGCCGUGGUUAAGUGCGAAGUUAAAAUCGUUGAAAACUGAUGAAGGAGUUUUCGGAAACUAUAUAUCUGGUAUAUUAGAAAGCGAGGAUUCUAUCGAUGAAAAGAAAGAUGCCCUGGAGGGUAUACUUUCCGAAAUUUUGGAGAGUAAUAUAACAGAGCAUAUUAAUGAGAUAAUAGAGAAAUGGGAGUCAUGCAAGCCUAAAGAAGUAUUAAAACCUGUGGCUGAUGUAGAUCUUCAAUUAGCUAAGCUGUUAGAAUCUCAGUCACUUGCAACAACUACACGGCGAGAAUAUACCGAUGAAGAGAAGAAAAUACGAGAAGCAAUUUUAUCUCAAUAUAGUCAGCUUUCAGACAAUGAGGAAGAUCAGUGCAAUGCUGAAGAACCGGAAAGCUCUGACUUGGUGAAGAACACAAAUGCUUUAGAUGUUGCUGCGGCUGCUAAAGAGAGAAGGGAACAAGCCAGACUUGAGGCCCAGCGUAAAAAGGAGAAAGAUAGAGAAGACAGGGAAAAACAGAAACAGCUUAAAGAAGAAAAGAAAGAAAAGCGUAAGACACAAAAAGGUGAAAGGAAGAGGUAGCAAUCGAAAAAUGCAAAAUAAAGAGCUUUGUUGCUCAUUACUAUUAUAUGAAAUGCUGUUAAAGUAUCCUAGAUAACACAGACUUCAAAUGUUAUUUUCAAUAUUGUUUUCUUGUUUUUCAAGUCAAUGCAAAACCAAUUUUGGUAACAUAAACCUCUUUUUAGUAUUAUACAAGGUUGAAUUGAAUUUUUUCAACUAAUAGUCAUAAAAUACACUGUAGAGGCUAUAUUGUAUUGAUGGAUUUUUGAUUAUUCUAAAAAUUUAAACUAACUUAUAGGUUUCAACAUUUUAUUAUAAAUAGAAUAAACCCACUAUAUUUCCACAAUUAUAAAUAUAAAUCUCAGUAAAAUAUCAUUAAUCAUAAUCAUAAAUGCAUAUUAGUAAUUUGAUACUAAAGAAAUCUAGAAAAAGUAUCAAAAUUGUAAACUGUAUAAGUUAACUUGAGACUGGUGGAAAGUAACCCCCUUUCUAAGCCAGCAUUGGCUUUAUGAUGUCAUUUCUAUUUAGAUUCCAAUUGUAAUACUAUAUGUUCCUGACCAGCAUCAUUUGUAUGAAAUUAUAUAAACUUUAAUUGUUUGAAUUUGUAAAACUUCCAAAUGCAAAUGUCAAAAUUCAAAUGCACAAAUAACAACAAAGGUGUUUGCCAUUUGCUAACAAUGACUUUCUAUAGCUAUCUUGCUUCUGUUAUUGGCUUGUAGUUUUUGUUCUUUACCUGCCUGAUACUUUUUACGAUUUCUUCAUCCCUAAAUUAAAUAGUGUGAAACAUAUAGCCUAUAGACUAUUGUACAUUUUAUUUAUAUUAAAGCAAUAUUAAAAAGUAUGCUGAGAUUAUGGACAUCUUACAUAAAGAAGUGUGUGUUUACGCUUUAUAAUAUUCUCUAUUGCUAACUCUGUAUAUGUUAAAAGAUUAUUUUGAAUGACUACAGCCUAGGUCUCUAGUUAAUUCAUAUGGGUUAUACAGUUGGAUACCAAGUAUUACUUUUUAUUUUACAUUACAUUACAUUUUAUUUUUAUUACUAUUUUCACAUUACGCACAUAUUAAUGUCUAUUUAAUAGAAACAAUGUCAUCAUUAUUUGAUGAUAUUUAAGAGAGCUUAGACAUUUUUGAUAAUAAUAUUCUUGCACUAGAUUCUGUUUAUAUAGAAAACUACUUGGUUCAUUGUAACUAGAAUUUAAUAUAGUCUAGGAUAUUUUAAAGGCACAUUUUAUUAAAGUCAUUAUGUAAUCCUUUUAGGAUAGUUUUGCUAUAAGUGUCAUAAAUUGAUAAUUUUAUUUUGAUACCUUAAUUUUAUGGUUUGUUGAAAUUUGUAUUGUUUUUGUCAUAAAUGUAGUGAAUACAGUUUGAGUUAAACAUAUAACAGAGUGAAUAGCACAUACCAAGAUUUGUAAUGGUUUUUACAUUUUAAAAAUGUGAAGUAUGUUGGUGCUAGCUUGUAUAUUUUUUGUUAAAUAUCUGUUUUACAAAAUUCAUAUAAAAAUGACUAAUAAACGACAAAUUUAUUUGAUAAUUUGAGCACUUUCACAUUCAGUGUUGGACUAUCAUGGAAGAUUAGCUUUCGUACAUAGAGAUAUUGUGUUUUGGUGUUUUUUUUAUUCUAAAUGACGAAAACAGGCUCAUAAAAGAUAAUUUUGCUAACACAGCCCCUUCAAUACCUCCUUGUUCUGGGACAAAUGGCGACCUUCGAUUCUAAUUGAGGCAAGGCAAUGUACACAUUUUAUUGCAUAUUACAUGUAAUGUAAAUGGCAUGAUAUAAAAUAUGUAUCCCUUGUUUCUGAAUUGAUAACCAAUAAAUACAUUUAUCACAA